CAUUUGGCCGACGUCACCCCUAUCCUCGGCUCCUCGCCCACCAUCUGUGCGCAGUCCGACGCGACGCGAAAGCGAAACAACCAGCUCCAAAAAAAGCGCCACCCGGCGGAGGCGCGGCUUCGGCGGCGAUGUUGCGGCGGAUCCGGUGGAUGGUGGACGGGGACGGGCGGUGGGAGCUGGACGCGGAGACGCCGGCCACGAUGGAGGGCACGGCGCGCCCGGUCCCGGGCGACCCGCUGCCGCUUGGCCUCUCCCGGGGCCCCCGCGUCACCCGCCCCAAGCAGCUCGACUUCCUCCACCACUUCAUGGCCUCCCCGCUCGUCCCCUCCUUCUCCGCCUCCCGCGACGAACUCUCCGUCCACCACGCCCACCUCCUCCACCUCGCGCAGAACUGGUCUUUUACCAUCUUGGAGCAAAUUCAUGUUCAGAAGCUCGUGUCUGUCGUGAAAGAGAAGUUGUCAAAUAGGCAAGAAGAGGCUUCCUGGUCCAAUGACAUAAAGAAACACUUGCAUGAUGUUAUGUCUCUAGGUGUAGGCACGGAACUCUUAAUCACACCAGACACCACUUUGCUGCUGGAGCUGUAUGAUAUCAAGAAGGGUGAUCGAGGCAAAGCGAUUUUUCACCACAAGCUUCCUCAUCAAAAUCUUACAUUUGAAGCAUCUUGGCCUGGAUUAUUUGUUGAUAAAAAGGGAGUGUAUUGGGAUGUGCCGUUGUCAUUAUCAGCUGACCUUGCGUCAGUUGGCUCCAGUUCUGGAUUGAGUUAUCAUCUAUUGUUGCAACAGAAUAGUGGGGAACCAAAAAAAUUUGGCGGUGAUGAAACCAAUGAUGUUCCUAUUGCUCUGCUACCUGGCUUGUGUGCUAAAGCAGCUAUUUCCAUCAAGAAAAGCAUUGAUGUUUGGAGGAGAAAAGAAGAUAAGCUAAAAAAAAUUCAGCCAUAUGAUGUAUUUCUCUCCGAUUCGCAUGUUUCAUUUACUGGUAUUGUUGGUGCAGUGGCCAGUGGAUAUUUGGGGGAUUGUUCAAAAAGAAUGUCUACACGAAAUGAAACACAAAAAAGCAAUGCCUUUAGGAUGUUUGACGAGAGGAAUAAAUUUGCUGCCUUUGCAGACCUCUUUGCUUCUGUUACUUUUACAGCUCAAUACGGGAACUUUCAGAGGCUUUUUCUGGAUUUGACAAGGGCAAGUGCCCGAUUCGAUAUCUCCUCAGGUUCAUUGUUCUUAUGUGGUGCUUCUCGCCUUGUACAAGAUUUCUUCUUCUCUCGACGACCUGAGCUAGAGACAUUCUGCGAUGUUUGUCCAGAUGUGGUUGUUUCUCUUCAACAACAGAUAGUUGGACCCUUCAGUUUUCGUGUUGAAUCCUCUGUUACCAUUGACCCAAGAAGGCAGGACCAUUUUUUUGGAGUGGAUGAUUCAGUUUUCGCAAUUGAUUGGGCUCUCAAGGUCCUGGGUUCAGCAAAGGCCACAGCAUGGUAUUGCCCCAAGCACCAGGAAGCAAUGGUGCAGCUUCGUUUCUUCGAGGCCUGAAGACUUCAGCUCACCGUGAAUGCAAUAUAACAUAAUUCCGGGAUUUCAAGGUCACUGAGGAUCAGACCGUAUGAAUGGUUGAUGUUGUGUUCAUCAAGCCAAUCAAUCGCCUCGUAUAAUCAAUUCAGGAUGUCUUUCUUUAACGGGUUGAAUCAUCCGUGUUGUGCCCAACGCUAUAUAGCUGUGCCAUUCCUGGUAUUAACGAAGGAAUUUAGACUGCUUCGAGUCGUUGGAGUAGUGUAGCUUGCUACGAGAACCUCAAUAUGAAUUGGGUGAGAAUAUGUUUCUGAUUCUGUUUCAUCGGCCUUCAAAAAGGAACCUUUGUGUUCGUCAUUUGAAUGAUGUUGUGCAAUUGUCUCUUAAGCCACUAUAGCAUCGACUGUCAA